AUGGAUUAGAUUGGUGUAAACACAAUGCGAAGUGUACAGAAGCUGAUUAAAUCAGCAAUGAAAACAAGGGUUUUGACAGCAUUUCCAAAUCUCCCACAGAAUAGUUUUGAGAUUUAAUUGGAAUCAAUAUCAAACAAUCUUAAUUUUGAAUACAAGACACCCACAGUGAUAAGAAUCUACAAUCAAUUUAAAAAGUAAAAUUUAUUUGGAGAUUUGAAAUCAGAAGUUGAAGUGGCAUAGAAAAUAGCAGCUACAGAAGGUUAAGACAAUGUUAUUUAAAAGGUUGAGGCCAUUGAGAAAGGAUUCCUCACAAUUCAAUUAAAUAAUUAAUUCAUAGAGGAUGAAAUAAACUCAAUCUUGGCAAAUGGAUUAAAAUUCCCAUUAGAGAAGAAAUAAAAAGUAGUUGUAGAUUACUCAAGUCCUAACAUUGCAAAGGAAAUGCAUGUUGGUCAUUUACGAUCAACAAUCUUAGGAGAAUCCUUAUGCCGAAUUUUGGAAUUCUAAGGAUAAGAGGUAGUCCGAGUUAAUCACGUUGGUGAUUGGGGAACCUAAUUUGGAAUGUUGAUUAAUCAUCUAUUAGAAGAAUACCCUGAUUACUAGACUAACAAACCAGCUUUGAAGGAAUUAGAAGAUUUAUACAAGGAAGCAAAGAAGAAGUUCGACUCAAAUGAGGAAUUCAAAUUGAAAUCCUAACAAUUCGUUGUAAAAUUGCAAGCUUUGGAUCCAGUAUGCAUAGAUGCAUGGAAAAUGAUAUGUGAUUUAAGUCGAUAGGAAUACAAUAAGAUUUAUCAAAGGUUGAAUGUCAAGAUAACAGAAUAUGGAGAGAGUUAUUACAAUCCCAUUUUAAAUGAAAUAGUGAAGGAAUGUGAAGCCAAAGGAAUAGUUGAAUUGGAUUAGGGAGCCAAGAUCAUCAGGGUGAAAGGUGAGAAGGUGCCUCUCAUGAUUGUGAAGAAGGAUGGUGGUUAUAAUUAUGAUACAACUGACAUGGCUGCAGCUAAAACUCGUAUUUUAGAAUGGAAGUGUGACAGAUUACUUUAUCUAACUGAUGUAGGAUAAUGGAAUCACUUUAAACUAGUUUUUGAAGGUGCCAAGUUGAUGGGAUGGCAUCAACCACCAAAUACAUCAAUGGAACAUAUGGGAUUUGGUUUAGUAUUGGGUCCUGAUGGCAAGAAGUUUAAGACAAGGUCAGGUGAUACAGUCAAGUUGAUUGAUUUAUUGGAUGAAGCCAAAGAGAGGGCUUUAAAGCAAAUCCAAUUGAGAGUUUAAGAAAAUUAGUAAGGAAAAGAGUUCUCAACAGGAACAGCCCUAUCUCCAGAAGAAUUCGAGACUGCUGCAGAGAGAAUGGGAAUAGCUGCUAUUAAAUACUAUGAUUUAAAGUAGAAUCGUAUAUCUGAUUACAAUUUCGAUUAUGAUAAGAUGCUUGAUCCAAAGGGUAAUACUGCAGUUUACUUGAUGUAUUCAUAUGUUCGAAUGCUAUCUAUCUUAAGAAAGAGUGGUAUUCAAGACUUUGAAGUUUUCAAAGGAGAACAUAAAUUCAAAAUAACACAUCAACAUGAACGACAUUUAGCUGCUUAAUUAUUACGAUUUGUUGAUGUUCUAUAAUCAGUGACUGAUUAAUUAGCAAUUAAUUGGUUAUGUGAUUAUAUUUAUGACAUUUGUGUGAAGAUAGCAGAAGCUUAUAAUUAAUAUCGUAUUUUGAAUGAUGAGCACACUCAAACAAGGUUGUUAUUGUGCGAAGCAGUGAAAAUGGUGUUGUUGCAAUCCUUCCAUUUGGUUGGAAUUGAACCCAUAGAAAAAAUCUGAAGCGACAUAUAUUACAUUAAAAUAAAUAUAUAUUUUUU